AUGCCACCACGAGUACAGAAUCAGCUCGUGACCAACUCUCUCCUCCCCUACCUUUCUUCCUCCACCUCUACCUCCACAAUCUCCAAGAUCCCUACCCAAUGUUCUUCCUCAUCAAUUCCAUCCACAUCUCGGCGGACGUGCCGUCCCUUCUCUUCAACCGUGGCCUCUCAAACGAGACUGCGCAAUGAGAUGUUCACUUGGCUGAACGGUGAAGGCGUCGCUCUGAAAAACUACGUCCCCGGGUCAACCAACUAUCUCACACAAAUCAAGGAGAGAGAUGAACAACCUACCGGACGGACCCGCCCGUUCCCAUUAAACCAGAACUUUGUCAGCGAGACCAUUUUGAGUGAGGAGCUAAGGAAUGAGAUCUACGACCGCGUCGUAAAUCAGAAGAAGAGUGUCAGAGCUGUCAGUGUAGAUCUGGGCGUCGACAUGCGGAGAGUCGGUGCUGUUGUGAGGUUAGUUGAGUUGGAGAAACGUCAGAAACAACAGGGUAAAUCACUAGCCCUGCCAUACGCUCGGGCUAUCCAUGAAAUGGUACCCACAACGCCCCUAUACGAAGACACUCGCGACAACCGCAACCGACCUCACGAGUCAAUCAACGAUCUUCCCGUCCACAAACUGACCGAUCCCCAAAUCUUCUAUCCUGUAUCCGAAUCCCGCCAAUUCAACCGUGUCGAUGCUGGUCGUGUCUUCUCCGCCGCCCCAGCUCUCGAAAACAAGCAAGUCACUAACGACGCUAUCGACCCGGCAGAAGCCAUCAGCCGCAUAACGCAAAACCCCUCCCAUAUUGAGAAGGUCGGAAAAGGCGAGGCCGAACAGCAAGUUCUCCAGCCCGCGGACGCCCGUAUCCCGCACCCCCACCUUGUCGCGCACGAGCGCUUCCGCCAGUCUAAGCCAACCGAAUACCGUGAGGUCUUCAAGGCAUACAACGAACGUCUCCGCCAGGAGGAGACCGCAGAGAAGGAGCGCAAGCGCAUUGCUAAGGAGCGCCAGGAACAGCAACAAACAAAGGUUCAGCCCGAGUCUUCACGCUUUGAAUUCCGCUUCAAGGACGUCGUCGUAAGCAAGGAGACAACCGGCACAGAUGGUCGUGGCUCUAAGGCCCCCGGUCUCAGAUACGGUAUCCCCAGCUACGAGCGGAAGAAGGGCCAAGUCAAGAUCCCCACACGCGUGGAGGUCUAA